GCGGGCCUUGCGGUGUAUCCUACCUCCUACCGAAAAGAGUCAGGAAGCUUAUACACCUGAGGAUUGACAGACUGCUGCCGGGGGACUGGAGCUCAAGAGGCAGGAAGUCAUCCCGUGGGAGGCACAAGUGGAGAGAAUCGGUGGUCGCUUGCAGAGGAGAUAGGAACGCAGAAGAACUCUCUCAGCCUAGAAUUCCUGUUGGGGUCAUGCGCUUAAAUUUUUGGGAGCUUCACAUCGUGGUCUUGCUGGAUACCUCUUAGUCCCACUUUCAUGGGAAGCAGAUACUUAAGCAAGUCACACCUGUGGAAUUUUUUAGUCUCAGCCCAAGGGCAGGGUUUAUUCCUUUAUCAGUUCCUGUAGAAAUCUGUAGGUAGCUGUUGACUUUCAAGAAGACCAAAACUGUUCAUUUGGACCCAAGGUCUGCCUGUGAUUUCAGCUGUAGGGCUUAUCAACACUGGAAGCAAUCAAGAAAGGAAGACCAGUGCAGGUCCAUCUCCAGCGGUGACUGUGGUGGCCUUGGAGUGGUGGAAGAGUAUCACUUUCAGCAAGUCUGCACUCAGGAACCAUCAUCUUCCCUCAGUCUGAGUGCCUCUGCCCUCUGUAUCAUUGACAGAAGUUUUGUGUUCAGAAAGGGGACUGUGUGACUGUUGAACUGACAAUUGACUCUAACUCUUGCUACAAAGUUGGUCUCUGACCCCGUGAAACUGUCAACAUAUUGACUCGGGACUUGUUGAGACCAAGGCCAAGACUCUAUAGGGCUAUUGAUACAACUGGGCUUUAACCAUGGGUGGGAAAAGAAAUAAGGGCAAAACUGCAAAAAGGGCUAGUGUAGAAGCUAAAACAAAGAGGGAAGCUACUGGCGUAGGCAGACCUGUAGCCAAGACCCAGGCCAAAGCAAUAGCCAAGCCAGAGGUUAAGGCAAAUGCAGUGGCACAGGUGAAGGCAGUGUCUAAGAAGAAGAUUGUUACUGAGAAAAAAGGAGCCCCAGCAAAUUUCAGCCCCAAAGUUGAAGAUGAGGCCACUCAAAUGUCUCAGUGUCGUUCUGUGAAAAAGGCCGAGGAUAAGAUCAAGUCCAUGUGUAAAGAUAAGGCUGAUAUUGAUACCUGUGCUGGGGAAGAGACCAAUGUUGGUUCCAGGCUCCAGAAUGGAGAAGAGACUGAUAAUAGUUCCAGUGCCAAGGAUGAAGGUAAAGCUGAUACUGGUCCCCCAUCCUGUGCUGAGAAGUUGGAGCCUGUGGCCAGCGCUAGCUGUAAAGCUAGACCAGGCGCUGAAGAGGAGGAGGAAGAGAAUGUUAUUGGGAACUGGUUUUGGGAUGGAGAUGAAACUAGUUUUGACCCUGAUCCUAAACCUGUGAGCAGAAUACUUAGGCCCCAGCCUGUGGAUGAAAUUAAUGAAAAAGAUAGGCCCAAAGACUGGUCUGAGGUAACUAUCUGGCCCAAUGCCCCUGCUGUAACUCCAGCAGUAUUAGGAUUUAGAUCUCAAGUCACAUCUGAGACAAAGCCUCCUUCGUAUAUUGUCCUGGGCUCAGCUGAGGAAAAUGCUCAUGCUUUGCCUGAGGAAACAGAGAGUCUUUCUAAGAGCAUAUUCUCAUGCUCAGAGUCUAUCCCGGAGCACCCAUUUGGUUCUGACCCUUGCAUUCAGACUAUAGAGCAGAUUAGACGCCAAAUCAAGAUCAGGGAGAUGAAUGGGAUUAAGCCAUUUGCUUGUCCUUGCAAAAUGGAAUGUUAUAUGACUUCUGAGGAAUUUGAAAAACUUAUUACCUUACUUGAGUCAACUACUGAUCCUCUCAUUCAUAAAGUAGCUCAAAUUGCAAUGGGGAUCAUUAAGGUUCAUCCGUUUGCCCAAGAGUUCAUUAAUGAGGUAGGUGUAGUGACACUUAUUGAGAGCUUGCUUAGUUUUCCUUCUUCUGAAAGGAGAAAAAAUGCUGUAUUUACUCUGAAUGAACCUGGUGGACUUGAAAGACACCGCAAGGUUGAAUUACAUGUUAAACAUAUGUGUAAGGAAACCAUGUGUUUUCCCUUGAACUCACCCGGACAGCAGUCAGGCUUAAAAAUACUGGGGCAACUGACUACUGAUGUUAACCGUCACCAUAUUGUUGCCAGUUAUCUUUCAGACUUUUAUUAUUUGCUUUCCCAGGGAAAUCGUAAAACCAGAAAUCUUGUUUUGAAGGUCCUUUUGAAUAUGUCUGAAAACCCAGUUGCAGCCAGAGACAUGAUCAGUACAAGGGCAUUAGCAGCGUUAAAACUAAUCUUUAACCAGAGAGAAGCAAAAGCCAGUCUUGUGAGUGCUGUGGCCAUAUUUAUUAACAUAAAGGAGCAUAUCAGAAAGGGUUCAAUUGUGGUUGUGGAUCACUCGAGUUACAGCACACUUAUGGACCUUUUCCGUGAAGUUAAAAUGAUUAUUGAAACAAUGUAAAAUGAGCCAGAAAUAGAACACAGAACAAUCUCCAAAUUCUGAUGAGAUAACUCCUACUUCUACCAAACAGUCCAUCUCUACUCUCUCAUGUCCUGUUUGGCUGUCUGCAUAGAUGAGCACAGUUGGAAGAGGCUUAAAGCCCAUUUCCUUCUUCCACCUUAGGUCCAUCUCCAGCGGUGACUGGUGGCCUUGGAGUGGUGGAAGAGUUUCUUCCUCUGUUCUCAAAGAGCCUUGCAUAAUAUUUUGUUUGUUAUAGUGUGCACAUUAUAAAUGAUGUCUUUAACACUA